CCUCAUUCUCUCUCACACACACUCACACACACUCACACACAUUUGAGCAGAAGCUAACUGAAGAGAAAAUUCCAAUGGCAUCCGACGACAAAACUUCCCGAUCCGUCACCGGCGCCGGCGCCAAUGGCGUCGAAAGUUCACCGUUGAAAGGAAAGGUCGCUCUGGUUACUGGAAUCACCGGUCAAGACGGAUCUUACUUGACAGAAUUCCUUCUGAAAAAAGGCUAUCAAGUCCAUGGUUUGAUCCGUCGUUCUUCAAAUUUCAACACUCAACGCAUCAAUCACAUCUACAUCGAUCCUCACAAUGUCAAUAAAGCACAUAUGAAACUCCAUUACGCCGAUCUUUCCGACGCUUCCUCUCUCCGUCGCUGGGUCGACACCAUUCUCCCCGACGAGGUUUACAAUCUCGCCGCUCAAUCACACGUCGCCGUUUCCUUCGAGAUCCCCGAUUACACCGCCGAUGUAGUCGCUACCGGCGCCUUACGUUUACUAGAAGCCGUCCGAUCUCACAUCGUUACCACCGGACGGGAAGUUCGUUACUAUCAAGCUGGAUCAUCUGAAAUGUUUGGAUCUACUCCUCCGCCUCAAUCAGAAGAUACACCAUUCCAUCCUAGAUCUCCAUAUGCUGCAUCUAAAUGCGCUGCUCAUUGGUACACGGUGAAUUACAGGGAAGCGUACGGGAUGUAUGCUUGCAAUGGAAUCCUUUUCAAUCAUGAAUCGCCUAGGAGAGGAGAGAAUUUUGUGACGAGGAAGAUUACUCGUGCUUUAGGUCGGAUCAAGGUUGGGUUACAGAAGAAGGUGUUCAUGGGUAAUUUAAAAGCUUCUAGAGAUUGGGGAUUUGCUGGUGAUUAUGUUGAGGCUAUGUGGAUGAUGCUGCAGCAGGAGAAGCCUGAUGAUUAUGUGGUGGCGACGGAGGAGUCGCAUUCUGUGGAGGAGUUUCUGGAGGUGGCAUUCGGUUAUGUUGGUUUGAAUUGGAAGGAUCAUGUGGAGAUUGAUCCUAGAUAUUUUCGGCCUGCUGAGGUUGAUAACUUGAAGGGUGAUUCGAGCAAGGCGAGGAAAGUGCUGGGAUGGAAACCGCGAGUUGGGUUCGAGCAGCUGGUGAAGAUGAUGGUUGAUGAAGACGUCGAAUUGGCUAAGCGCGAGAAGGUGCUGGUUGAUGCCGGUUUCAUGGAUGCCCAGCAGCAACCAUGAUGAUUGAAUGAAUGAACCUAUAAUCAUAAUUUACAUAAGAUAAAACAAACAAUCUGAGGCCUAGUAUUCAUCACUUUAUAUAAAUUUGUUUGUGUUUUAAUUUGAUUUUCAUCUUUCUAUGUACUCACACUGUUGUUUCUUGUCUGAAAUGGAAUUAUUAUUCAAUUCUAAGAACUGAUAUGAGUUUUUCAGGUU